AUGUCCUUCCUCUCUUCUCGUCAGUCCUUGAGCAGGACGACAGUUCACACUCUGCCGGCUAUUCGUUCCUUCUCGACAACUCGCUUCACGUCCCAAACCGUCCCACCCGACUCGCCAGAUUACAUCCGCCUACCCUUACCGGCGCAGCUCGAGCAGCGACAGCGUGUCCGUGUCCGUGGCUUCCUACCGGUCCCCCGUUCCAUCUUUCCUCAGAAACGUUCUGAGCGCAAGAUCGAUAGGGACUACUUGGCUCAAACCGCGGCUGAGCCUCAGUCUCCGCGGACCGGCUCUUCCCAACGGCAAUGGAAAGCUGAAGUGGCUGCGAGCCGUCGACAAGGUCUUGAAGAGGGUCUAGGUGAACUUUGGAAACGCCACAAUCGUGUGAGAACCACUCGAGAAAUGCAGUCCCGCGCCAACUUCCAGAAGAACCACGAGCAUCGCGUUGCGCCCGAAAGAGAAGACGAUCAAUAUACACGCGGCACAACGCUGAGAACGCUGUUGGACACGAAGGUCUACGCGGACCCCGACAAGACCAAGCGGUUUGAGGAGAGUCGCCAGAAGAUCAUGGAGCAUAACCAAUAUUUGAAAGAAGUGAGGCGCGAUGCGCUUAUGGAAUUGUACGUCAGUGCCUCCAGUUUCAUUACCCAAGAAAGCGAGCUGCGCAAGAAGAUUGAUGAGAUAUUCCACGAGGAUUAUUUCGAGGGCCAGAUUCAACAGUACAACAAAGAAUGGACUAUCGCCAACGUCUGGGGCGUGCACGGCUAUCCCCCAUCAACAGCGAAUAUGCUUGACUUGACCUCUAGGUCAAUGGGGGGUGGCUCGCCAAAGGACCAGUCAAGAACUGGGUACAGACAGAAACGCAUCGCAGAGGAGUUCACCGGAGGGAAGAUGGACGUGUAA